UUCGCCUCCACUCCCCACAUAAAUGAAAACCCCUCUCCUCCCGUGAUCAUUCACUGGGCAUUUUACGCGCCGUGCGUAAAGAGCUUCAGUCGCGUGUCCGUGUCCAGAGCGCACGGACGGAUCGCUCACGCGUUAAAUCCAGAACUAAAAGCCCUUCUUUCAACUGUCCUUACCCGGUGUUGAGGACGGUUAAUGUCUUAACACGCGGGACACGUGGCGGAGUUUACCGGCAGGUUCCGUUGAUCCAAAGUGACAGCGAUGUGGAUGUCAGCGCGACUCUGAAGCGGAAUUUGUUUCCUUAAAUACGGGACAACUUACAGGAGAACUGGCGUCCUGCCGGUGCUUUCAGAAAGAAACCAGAGAGAGAGAAGGGCGCGAGGACAGGAGGGUUGUGGUGGGGCGGACGCGCGAGGAAUCCAGAGGAUGGGGAUUUAAACUCGCAACCUUCAGACAGCAGCCUCGUGUGUGAAUUUCAUAUCAACAUUUUUUUUUUACCGGGAACCGUGUGACCGCCUCCGGGCUUGCUGUCCGGGCUGUGCGGGGGGAGAGAGGAGCGAGCCGGGACCCGAACUCCGGAGAAACGGAGAGCCGAGUGACUAAAUGUCUGAACACAUAUGAUCGGACAUGGAGGCCUUCAGCGCAGCCAAUGCCACGCCGGACGUUUACCGCGACUACGGACCGAAUGCCGGCGCCGCCCCCCCGCCGCCGCCCACGUUGGUGUUCGAGGGAGUGAACUUUCAAGAGGACCCCAUCACGCUGUUGAGUGUGCAGGUGGUGUUGAUCUUGGCCUACAGCACCAUCAUCGUGCUGGGGGUUCUGGGUAAUUCUCUGGUCAUCUACGUCAUCUACCGCUUCAAGACGCUCCGCACCGUCACCAACUUCUUCAUCGCCAACCUGGCUGUUGCCGACCUGCUGGUGAACACGCUGUGCCUCCCCUUCACCCUCGUCUACACGCUGCAGGGAGAGUGGAAGUUCGGCAGCACGCUCUGCUUCCUGCUGCCGUACGCCCAGGGCCUCGCCGUGCACGUCUCCACAGUGACGCUCAACGUCAUCGCCCUGGACCGCCACAGGUGCAUCGUGUACCACCUGGAGACCAGGAUGCGUAAGGACGUGUGCUUCGGGGUGAUCGCGCUGACCUGGGUGCUGAGCGCUGUGCUCGCCAGCCCUCUGGCCAUCUUCAGAGAGUACGGCUCCUUCAGCCUGCAGCCUGGACACACCAUACAGGUGUGCACGGAGAAGUGGCCCGGCAAAAACACGGACGGCACGGUCUACAGCAUCUCCAUGCUGAUCCUCCAGUACUUCCUGCCACUGUCCAUCAUCUCCUUCGCCUACGCCCACAUCUGGUCCAAACUGCGCCGCCACGUCAGCCCGGCAGAGAGCGGCGCCGGCAGCAGCACCGCCACCGCCGAGCGCCACCGCCGGCGCCGCAAAACCACCAAGAUGCUGGUGACCAUGGUGGUGGUGUUCGCCGUCAGCUGGCUGCCCUUCCACGCCUUCCAGCUGGCCACCGACAUCGACAGCACGGUGCUGGACAUGCGCGACUUCCGCCUGCUCUACACCGUCUUCCACGUGGUCGCCAUGUGCUCCACCUUCGCCAACCCGCUGCUGUACGGCUGGAUGAACCGCAACUACCGCGCCGCCUUCCUCGCUGUCUUCAAGUGUCGCAGGGGGGGAGGGGAGAGGGGGAGGGGCGGACGGCUGGACAGCAUUCACCCCGUGGGGGGAGGGGGAGGAGGAGGGAGGGCGAAGAAGAUCGUGCUUGAAACCCAGGACGUGGUGUCCACCCACCUGAACGCCACCGAUGUGUGAGCGCCCCGAAGGGAGUGAAGGGAGUGAUGGGAGGAAGGGAGUGAUGAGGGGAAGGGAGUGAUGGGGGGAAGGGAGUGAUGGGAGGAAAGGAACAAUGAGGGAGAUGGAGGGGAGGAAAAAGACAAUCAUUGUCAGGAAAACAUUUGUUCCCCAGAAGACAAUAAAAGAAACGGAGGGGAGAUAAGGACGGGAGAGAAAAUAGAGACAACAGAGUGAGAGGACGGCCACGGGGGGAUUUAAACGAGUUUUUGAAAGCCAGAAAUAGACGAGCGGGGGAUUAGAAGACUGACACCAGAUGGAGCGUCGUCCCCUUUGAGAACGGGAACCUUUAUUUUGGAGGGGGAGGAUUUGUUGAAGUGAAACUUUGCAUGAAGGAUUUGUGACUCUGACAAGUUUGUUGUGGAAAGACACGAGGAGUCGGCCUGAACAGAAGGAACAAAAUGUCCUCGACGCUCAAAAACAACAACAACUUUGGACUUUAAUCCUUGUUGAAAUAGGGCUUUACUCCACCUUCACUCCACGUGUGAAGCAUUGAGCUUGUACGUUUAACCCAGAGUGGCUUACAAAGGGGGGGGGGGGGGGCUGAUCGGUCACACGCCUUCUAACAAAAAAUAAAAGCGUAGGAAAUUUGGAGGACUGUGCAAAAAAAAUGUAUUUGUCAGGUGAAAGAAAAGCAAAGAAACAGCGUAUCUGUGAGUUGAGCAGCACGAGGAUGCAUGAUGCAAGCUUUGUGAAAUGUUAGCAGUGUUCUUUGUUAUGAAAAUGUGUUUCUUGUGGAUGGAGCCGGAUGUAAAACAGAGAAGUCAUCAUGACUGAGAGGAUUAAAGGGUGAUUCUCCUCUCAGGAGACGAGAGGAUCAGUGGGAGGAGGACUCAGACAUGUGGGUUAACGAGGAGGAGAAGAAGAAGAGAGGCUUCAGAGGAUUCAGUGUGAAGCAGCAGAGACGUCGUCCUCACUAGUGGACGCGGGAAAAACAAACUCCAGUUCAGAUUUCACACCUUUAGAAAAUGUCUCUUGUUAAAUUUGGACUCCUGCAGGUUUUAGUUACGCUUCAAUUUCAGCUUCAUUAGCGCGACAUGAAAAGAUAUGAAAACAGAAGAUCAUUCUAAUAUGAUUCUGCACGCUGACAUAAAGCUCACUUCAUCUUCAAGGUAUUCUGACAGAUUCAGUUCAAAUAGUUUCAAAAAGCGACUUUGAUUCAACUCGGAUGUGUUUUAGGAUCACACACUACGUACUAAUAUUCACGCUACGUACUAAUAUUCACGCUA